AAGUAAAUAGUAAAUAGUAGUGGACAGUACACAGCCAGUCAACAGAAAUGGCAGGCAUCACAGACCACGAUGCAAUGGGCGAAAAGGCCGAGAUGAGCCACGAGGAAGUGGUCCAUCUGACCCAGCUCACAGAGGAAGAGAAGCGGAUUGAGAAGAAACUGCGACUGCGCAUCGACAGUCUGAUCAUGCCGCUGGUGAUUCUCGUCUAUCUGCUCAACUACAUUGAUCGUAACAAUUAUGCGGCCGCCAAACUCCAAGGCCUCGAAGAAGACCUCAAUCUCGACGAUCAGAAAUACCAAACCGGUCUCUCCAUUCUCUUCGUCGCCUAUAUCCUCAUGCAGGUCCCCUCCAAUCUCCUUCUCAACUACAUGGGCCGUCCUUCGCUCUAUCUCGGCUUCUUCACUGCUGCUUGGGGAUUGGUGUCUGCUCUGACCAGCCAGGUCAAGGGAUACGGAGGCAUUGUCGCCUGUCGCUUCAUCCUCGGUCUGGUCGAGGCCCCUUUCUUUGCUGGUGUCCUCUUCUAUCUCUCCAAAUGGUACACCAAGAAAGAACUCGCCUUUCGCAUGUCCAUCUUCUACUCGGGCUCUCUCUUCUCCGGCGCCUUUGGCAACCUCAUCGCCGCCGGUAUCCUCAACGGCCUCGAAGGCCACCGCGGCCUCUCCUCCUGGCAAUGGCUGUACAUCAUCGAAGGCGCCAUCACCAUCGCCGUCGGCCUCGCCAUCAUGGCCAUCCUCCCCGACUUCCCAGACACCUGGCGGCUCCUCGACCCGGAAAUGAAACACGUCGCCAACCGACGUCUCGCCAUCGAAGCCGCCGAAGCCGACGUCGACCAAGCAGGCAAAAUGAGCCAAAUCCACGGCAUGAAACUCGCCUUCACCGACGUCAAGACCUACGUCCUCGCCAUCGCCUACAUGUCCAUCACCGGCGCCAGCGGGUUCCAAAACUUCUUCCCUACCCUCACCGAAACCCUCGGCUACACCAAGAUCAUCUCGCUGCUUCUCGUCGCGCCCCCCUACAUCUUCAUGGUCGGCUACUCCCUCGCCCACUCCUACCUCUCCGACAAAUACAGCAACCGCUUCUGGUUCUUCGUCUACCCCAUCCCCAUCACCAUCGUCGGCUUCGUCAUCUUCAUGGCCACCGAGUCCUUCGGUCCCCGCUACUUCUCCUUCUUCCUGAUGGUGUUUGUCUUCGCGCAGAACGGCACCGUCUACUCCUGGAUCGCGAACGCUAUCCCCCGUCCCCCUGCAAAGCGAGCCGCCGCAUACGCAUUCAUCAACUCGGUCGGAAACUCGGCCAGUAUCUGGACGCCUUUUACGUACCGCGAGAAGGAUGCGCCGUUUUACCGUCCCGCGCUGGGGGUGUGUAUUGCGCUGCAGGUGGUUGGGCUGGUCAUGGCGUUAUUCAUGUAUGUGCAUCUGCGUGGGCUGAAUAAGAGACUGGAUAGAUUGGAAGAUGAGGAUGUGAUUCUUACGGACGAGGAGAUAAAGAGAUUGCAGCAUACGGCGGAGGUGGAGGGAAUUGAUAUUGCGGCUGCCAGACGGUUGCAGAAGGGAUUCAGAUAUAUGAUUUGAUUUAAUUAAUAGUAGUUUACAUAGUGAAUUGUGAACAGUGAUGUGACAUGAUGAUAUUUAAAUGUUCGAUUGCAAUGUAACGUUAAUUCGGGUGGCGACAAAUCGAUUACAUCAACACAUCCAAAGUAUCGACGGAAGUAUCGACGGUUUGAAUUUACUUUUAUUCAAUUAACCUCGGAAAUCUUUCUCCUGCUGUCUGAUAUCAUACCUAUUAUUUUCAUCAUUUUCAACAUGUGUAUCGCCGUGUUAUCGACCGCUCAUCCAGACUAUCGCCUCAUCAUCGUCAACAACCGCGACGUA